AUGAAACUCAACUGUAACAUUAUCAACAACAUAGUGGGAACUAAACUCAACUGUAACAUUAUCAACAACAUAGCGUCAGUGUUUGCAGAGAACAGCCACAUAUCAACCAAUGACCAGUGGCUAGGGGGCACAGUCAGGAGCUCUGGGGAUGGAAUAGCCCUGGCCUGUGCUUUUCGAUACAAACUGAACUACAAUCCGUUGGGAAGAUGUGCCUCUUUUUCAAACACCCUUGAGCCUUAUGGAGAAAUCCGUCAGUGUUUAGACGAUGGACGGGAUAACGAGGGGACGGCGUACUGUCAGUCGGGAGUGGAUGCUGUAGUGAUGCCGGAUGAGGAGAUAGUUCUAGGAGCCCCAGGAUCUGUAGACUGGACAGGUCAGGUUGCCAGAAUCUAUAUAACGGGGGAUAUUUCUCAGAGCUCCGCUAUCAGAGACAAGUCCUGGAGUUACAGUCAGCCGUACCAUGAAGAGGAUAAACGUCCCGCUGUAGAUAAACACUCAUACUUAGGCUAUUCAGUAAUAUCGGGAAAAUUCCGUGGAUACCAGAGGAGAGUCUACAUUGGCGGUGCCCCUAGGUCUAAUUCCACUGGUCAAGUGGUCAUCUUCACCAAAAGUAACAGUGACCUUGUCUACUAUAUCCAGAACAUCAUCAGUGGAACUAUGGCAUUCUCAGCAUUUGGAAGUGACCUGGCUGCUGUAGACUUUGACAAUGAUGGGUAUGAUGAACUGGUUGUUGGAUGCCCUCUUUACACCAAAACGGACACCACAACCAAUAUGUUUGCUGGAGGGGCCAUUUAUGUGUACAGUACUAAAACAAAGCUGUCCUCCUACACUAAGCCCCGCCUGAUCACCCUGGAUAUGGCGGAGAGUGAAUGUGACAAAAUGAAGUGUUUAGAGGCCAGGUUCGGACAUUCCCUCUCCAGGGCCGGGGAUCUAAAUCUGGAUGGAUUCCAAGAUUUGGCAGUAGGGGCUCCGUAUGACAAUUUUGAGCGUGGUGCUGUUUAUAUAUUUCAUGGAUCAAAAACUGGAAUCAUUCCUAAAUAUGUUCAGAAAAUCUCAGCCUCAGACCUGGAUCCUGCCCUGCGGACGUUUGGUUAUGCUUUGUCGGGAGGUCUGGAUUUAGACCAGAAUGGCUAUUCGGAUGUUACAGUGGGGGCCUACGCCUCAAAUAAAGCCAUCAUGCUGAGAUCCCGGCCCAUUGUACACCUCUUCCCCAAUGUCACCUUCAGCCCCAGGAAGUUUAACCUCAGUAGAGGCGUGGGUUGUCCUUAUGACGACCCAGCCCUCGUCACCAAACCCAGAUAUUGCAUGCUGUUGAAGAUUUGCCUCAUGUUCACUGCUAAACCUGAACAAAGCUUUUCAACAGUUCAGAGUAUUGAUGUAAAAGUGGUGGCAGAAAAAGAUCGGGUGGAGAAGCGAAUCUUAUUUAAAGGCGCUCCACAACCAGACAUGGUGUCCUACACUCAGGACCUGGCCUACCAAAAACUGGAGGGCUGUCACAGUCAGGUCAUAUAUCUCGCUGACAAUAUCAAGGACAAGCUAACUCCGAUUCAGAUAGACAUAUCCUACAGCCUGGGAAACAAACCCGACUUCAGACGUCGGCGGCGUCGACAGGUCUUCACGGACAUUAACAAGUUUCCAAUCCUGAUGAUAGCCAAUCAGACCGCAGAAACCUCUGUCACGUCAUUCACAGAGAAGAUUGAUUUUGUGAAGAAGUGUGGUACAGAUGAUAUCUGUCAGAGUAACAUUAGACUUCAAAUGAGUCUGUUUCCCCUGGAAAGGGAUGGAAAUAAGUAUGUGUUGAGUAUUGGUGAAAAUGACCUCUUCAAGGUGAAAAUUACACUGACCAACAAAGGUGAGCCCGCCUACCAGCCCAGCUUUUACCUGGUUGUCCCCAAGGACAUGCAGUACGCGGGCAGCACACCUGUCUAUCCGCCUGGACUGUCACCUCCUGCAUGUAUCAACAUCAACACAACAACUAUAUUUUGUGAGCACACCAAUCCAUUUGGAAACUCUGUUAAAUCUGACGUCCGCACUGAGUUUAAUAUUGAGCUGGACGCCUCGAAUCUACCUCUCAACUUGUCAGAUUUCACCAUCAGGGGUCUCUUCAACACUACAAGUCAGGAGCAGUCCCCAGAUAAUGAUGAAGUCAUUCUUCAAGUGAGGAUGGUUACAAAAACAAACAUCAGAGUGUUUGGAGAGGCGGAGCCAGCUAAUGACGUCAUCUUUAGGGGCCCCAUACGGGGAGCAAGUGCGGUGAAGCAUGAAGAUGCUAUUGGACCAGCUGUCAAUCAUACAUUCACUGUGUACAAUGAGGGUGUCGGUUCCGUGGGAUCUGCUGUCCUAGAUAUUUUCUGGCCGGUGGAGAAGGACCCUGGGGAUUAUGAAGACGGGAAACAUCUUUUGUAUCUUAUGCAGACCGAGUCUCUGGAUCGGUCCAAGGCCCAGUGUACUCAUGAUCCUCAGUAUUACAAUGUUCUACAAGUCACAGAAAACGCUGAUCUUAUCAUUCGACUACCAGUUAAGACAUCCGUCGUGGUGAAUAACGGGGAGGGGCCGACGUACAACACCCCCGACACUCGGCGGAGACGAGAGAUCGGUAAUGAGGAACCAUCGACCACGACACAGAAACCAGGCCGAGAGUCCCCCUCAGGGAGGAACAUUAUCAAACUGAGCUGUAAGGACAACACAGCCAAGUGUAUUAGAAUACACUGUAAGAUAUUCAGGUUGGACAAGAAAGAAUCAGCUAAAAUUGUGGUACGAGCUCGGCUGUGGGAAUCCACCUUAUUACAGGAUUAUCCAAAUUCAGAAGUCCAGAUCUCUUCCCUGGCCAGAGUGACCGUGUCACCAGAUCUCAAUAUUUUCCAGGACACGUCAGACGAUGAAGGCACUGCUACCACAUAUGCUGUGCCAGAAGUCAAACCCUCAGUGAAGAAGGAACUACAAUGGUGGAUCAUUCUGGUAGCCAUUGCUGGUGGAAUAGUUUUGUUAGUAGUGCUCAUCUUAAUAUUCUGGAAGUGUGGAUUCUUUAAGAGAAUAAAACCCAAAGACUAUGAACCAACUUUUCAAGGGGAAAUAAAAAAGACGCCAAAGGAUUAUGACAAUGUAGAGUAAAAUAGGAUAGGACCUUGUAGCUAGGAAUUUAUCAAUUAUAGGGUGGCUCCCUCAACAGCCCAAUUCUCGCCAAUAGAGAGAGAGACAACAUCAGCUGGUCCGUCCCAGAGUUAGUCCACGUAUCAGAGUCUGGAUCCUGUAUAGAUUGUAUGCAAUACCAAGUCAAGCGGCUUCCACACAUUUUUGUAUUGCUUCUGAGCUACAUAGAUUAUCAUGAUAUGAUGUCUGAAGUGCUGAACAAGGUUUACACCAAAACUUUGCUAGAUUUUACUUUGUCAAGAAUAUAAAAGGAAUCUUGAUGUUUUCAAUUUUUUUUUAGAGUGGUUGUCAAGUAAGUAAAUUAAAAAUUGGAAUUUUUGUAACCAUUGUAUUUUUUCAUUUUUAAGUAUACAUUCUCUCUGUAUUUAAUGAAGAAAGUUCAUUUAUCAUGUUAAUGCUAUUUUGUGGUACAUGUACUCCUCUUAAGUGCUCUAUAGUUUACACGGAAAUAAGGCAAAACCAUAGAGUGUUUGCUCCAAGAAGUAGUUGUUUUACUUUGGUUGUGAUUUUUUUUAUUUUAUUUGCUCUUCGUGUUUUUACAAUGCUAUGUAGGAAACAAAUUGAUGAAGGUUACUUAAUGACUGCAUGUAUUUUUUCUGUUUAGCACAUACAAAGUUAUACCAUUACACUUUUGUAUAUGUACUCCUAUCUGGUUUUCCAGAUGCAUGUUUAUAUAUUUGUAGAUUUUAGCGAUAUCCUCAUAAAUAUGCAAUUUCUUAGAGAAUCAAUGUUCAUGUAUAUAACCUAGGAUCUUUAUUUAAUUCUGUAAAUGAUGUAUGUUGCCUUUUCAGUUGUAAAUUUCUUAAAUUUGUUAAAACUAUUUCAAUGCAUUCCAAAACCAUGAAAUCAAAUCAUAAAAAAAACUUCUUUUGUCUGUUACAUGUUAGCAAUCUUUUCCACUGUUAAAGUUUUAAAAUGAUAAACACAUAUUAAGAUAUUUUUUCAUCCAUCACUUGGAUGAAAAAUCCAGUAAUAAAUUAAAAUAGUUUUAUAUUUAAUUGUAUAGAUGUGGAUGUUGAGUGUAGUAUAUACUCAACCAUAGGACGAGAUAUUUUAACAACCACAUAUUAGUUGAAUGUGUCUAGGUUUUAUUGAAGUUACUCACAAUAAGAAUUGAUGUGUUAUGUUGUUAGGUCAGUUUUACUUAAAGAUAUGUGUUCAAAUUGAUAUUAAAGAGAACUAUGUUUUGAUGUGUGUUCUUCAGAUAAUGUAAUAAACUGUGAAUAACAAUUGUAAAAAAAAAAAAAAAUGUAACUACACCAUUACAUUUACUGUGACAUGUUUUAACAAGCACUCUCUUCAAGUACUAAUACCUAGAUCCACACAGAUUCGUGUAUCAGACCUAUAGUGAACAAACCAGUCUUUUUAAUAAACAUUUUUGAUUAACAUUGAGGAUUCAUUUUCAAAAUGUCAUGUCACCAGGUGUACGUGUAUGCAGUGUUCAGAUUAAUACUGCUUUAUCUGAAUAAGCAAAUGGCAGAAUCUAUAUGUAUGCAAAAUUUGUAAACUUUAUAAAUGUAUGAAAGUGUACAAUUUUAAUAGAAAUGCAGAUGUAAUAUUUUUAGAAGGUUGCUGUUGAAUUUUUCAUGUGAUUAUUUAUUAAUCUUUAUAUGAAUAAAGAGAAGUAAAAUAACUUGCAGGGUUACCUGUAACAACAUGAUUCUAUAUGCAUAAGGCCCCAUGUACAAGGUUUGUCCCAAAAAGUCUUUGACAAUAUUUUGUAACUUCAACCAAUACUUUACAUGAUUUUUCCUUUAUUAAAGUGCCACUUACAACAAAUCUUGAGUAAUUUACUAAUGUUUCACUGUAAUUGCAUUUGCCUCUUUAGUUACUUAUAAAACAUCUUUACCUGAAAUUUAUUUCAGUUCAUCAGAAAAAAAAUCUGUGCAAUCUUUUGGGACAACCUUUGUAUGCAUAUAUUUUGAGUAGAAAA